CGAAAAACUGUUAGUUAAGCUCACCUAGCAUUGAAUACUUAAUGUUCUUAUUUGAAGAAAAAAAAUAAAAAAUAAAAGUUUCAAGAGAUUAAAAAAAAAAAAACACACUUCUCUCACCUUCACCUAAGAAAAUUUAAAAGGAAUCUUCAUAUAUAAAAGGUAACCUUGGUCCUUGAACGGUUGAACCCAUACUAUAACUAACUCAAUCUAUUUCCUUUUUUUUUUUAUUCGGCUUCAUCAUCAAUUAUAAUAUUAUAGUGAGCUAUAAAUCUUUCUGUUCUUGCUAUGGUGGAUCGUGGUCAAGACAAAACUACAACUACUGCUAGUGACUUGUCCCUGAAAAAGAAAGAGCUUCUAUCUAGUGCCAUGAAAAGAACAAGUGAAUGGAUUUUUUCUCAGGAGAUUCCAAGUGAUGUCAAAGUCCGGGUUGGAGAAGCUUCAUUUUCAAUACAUAAGUUUCCAUUGGUCUCCAAGUGUGGAUACAUUAGGAAACUCGUCUCAGAAUCUGGUGAUGCUGACGUGCCCUUAAUUGAACUCUCUGAUGUUCCUGGUGGAGCAGAAGCAUUUGAACUAGCAGCAAAAUUCUGCUACGGUAUAAACUUCGAGAUAAACGUCGAAAACAUCGCCACGCUUCGUUGUGUGGCAGAAUAUCUUGAGAUGACAGAGGAAUAUGCAGUUGGUAACUUGGUUGGAAGAACUGAUGCAUACUUGAAUGAUGUUGCACUAAAGACCAUUGCAGGUGCUGUGUCUAUCUUACAUAUGUCAGAAAGCCUUCUUCCAAUAGCAGAGAAGGCGAAAUUGAUGAGUAAAUGCAUAGAUGCAAUUGCUUAUAUAGCUUGUAAGGAAAGUCAAUUGAGUACAUCUGGAAGAAGUGAUAACAGUGGCUCUGAUGGAGUGGCAUCUUCUAUACCAUCUCAACAGAGACCAGUAGUUGAUUGGUGGGCUGAAGAUUUAACUGUCCUUAGAAUUGAUAUUUUUCAAAGAGUUCUCAUUGCAAUGAUGGCAAGAGGGUUUAAACAGUUUGCUAUUGGUCCUAUUUUAAUGCUCUAUGCACAGAAAUCUCUACGAGGUUUGCAGGAUAUAUUUGGAAAGGGAAGGAAGAAGAUUGAACCAACACAAGAGCAUGAAAAGAGGGUUGUUUUAGAGACACUAGUGAGCUUAUUACCAAAGGAGAGGAAUGCAAUGUCAGUAAGCUUUCUAUCAAUGCUGCUUCGUGCAGCAAUAUAUCUUGAUACAACAGUUGCUUGCAGGCUUGAUUUGGAGAAGAGAAUGGCAAUGCAAUUAGGACAAACUGUUUUAGAUGAUCUUCUCAUUCCUUCCUAUUCAUUUACUGGGGACACAUUAUUUGAUGUGGAUACGGUUCGUAGGAUCAUGAGUAAUUACCUAGAAUCUCAAAUGGGUAACCACUUUGUACUCAAUGGUGAUGAUGAAUACUUUUCACCUCCACAGAGUGAUAUUGAAAAGGUUGGAAAGCUAAUGGAAAAUUAUCUUGCUGAAAUAGCCACUGACCGAAAUUUAUCAGUUGCUAAGUUCAUCAGUCUGGCUGAAUUAAUUCCUGAACAAUCAAAGCCUACAGAAGAUGGAAUGUAUAGAGCCACAGACAUCUUUUUAAAGGCUCAUCCCAAUUUAAGUGACAUGGAGAGAAAGAAAGUCUGCAGCAUGAUGGACUGUCAAAAGUUAUCUCGAGAGGCAUGUGCACAUGCUGCUCAAAAUGAUCGGUUACCUGUCCAAACGGUCGUUCAAGUUCUCUACUACGAACAGCAACGACUUCGCGAUGCAAUGAAUGGCAAUGAAAAUGUGGAAUCUCCUUCUGCUAAUGCCAAGCUAAAUGUAUAUUCAGGUGAUACUCAAUUUCAUCCAGUUUCAAAUGAAAUCACAGGCUUACGAAGAGAAAAUGAAGACCUUAAGUUAGAGUUAGUGAAGUUGAAAAUGAAAUUAAAAGAGAUUGAAAAAUCAACAGUUAAAGUUAAAGCAACUGUUAUUAAUAGUCCUUCGGUAAAUUCCUCGCCUUCUGGUUCUGCUGAUAAGCCUCCUCUGCCUCGAAGAUCAUUCAUAAGUUCGGUGUCUAAAAAACUUGGGAAGCUUUCUCCUUUUCCACGCAUUGAUGGUAUCACACCUUUUGCUAAAGGUCGAACAAAACCAAACAAGGAUCGACGCCACUCCAUUUCCUGAGUCUAUGAAAACACAUUAUUAUAUUCUUUUCUAGUUUUUGCUUGUGUGUGAUUCUAUGUAAAUUAUGUCAUCGCGAUCUUUAUUUAAGGGAGAACUUUAUUGUAAAGGAUGGUGAAAAAAUAUAUAUAAUUCUUGAGUUGGAUUGCA